AUGCGCGCACAUGACUUUGCCUCCGGCCUGCCCAUUGCACCACUGUUACCGGACGUGGUCACGUCUCUGCGCUCGGAGCCCAACCUGGUGCUCGAGGCGCCGCCGGGCGCCGGAAAGUCCACCGCCGUGCCGCUGGCUCUCCUCCGUGACGGUGGCUUUGCAGACGGCAUCAUCAUGGUGCUCGAGCCGCGGCGCGUCGCCGCUCGGGCAGCCGCAGCGCGGAUGGCAUCGCUGCUCGGCCAGCCGCUCGGCGGCGAGGUGGGGUACCGGGUGCGGCAUGAAUCAAAGACGAGCCGCGAGACGCGGGUGCUCGUGGUGACCGAGGGCGUCCUCGUCAACAAGCUGCAGGCCGACCCGACUCUCGAAGGUGUCGCGUGCGUCAUCUUUGAUGAGUUCCACGAGCGGUCCGUCGACGCGGACCUCGCUCUGGCCCUCUGCCGCGAGGCGCAGACGGAGCUGCGGCCAGAGCUGCGGCUGGUCGUCAUGUCGGCGACGCUGGGUGAGGCCCUCGGCCCGGCCGUCGCUGCCACACUCGGCGGCUGCCCGACCCUGACUUCGGACGGCCGCUGCUUCCCGGUCGAGCGGCGCCACCUCAGCGGAUCCCGGCCGCUCGCGCUCGCGGCGGCGGGGCACCCUCGAGAGGUGGAGGAGGCGGUGGCGGAGGCGGUGCUGAGCGCUCUCGCCGAGUCCGCGCAAGGCGACCUGCUCGUCUUUUUGCCGGGAGAGCGGGAGAUCCGAGGCGUCGAGUCGAGGCUGGCUGACGCGCUGCCCGCCGCGCGCCGCGCCGCCCUCCGCGUUUGCCCGCUGUUCGGCGCGAUGCCGCUCGAGGAGCAGCGGGCGGCGGUGGCGCCCGACCCGGAGGGGCGGCGGCGAGUUGUCCUCUCCACCAACCUCGCCGAAUCCUCCCUCACCAUCGAGGGCGUUCGGCUCGUCAUUGACUCGGGCUUGCGACGCGCCGCCGCCUACGACGCUGCCGUCGGCAUGUCGGCGCUAGUCACGCGUCCCAUCUCUGCUGCUGCGGCGGAGCAGCGCGCUGGUCGCGCGGGUCGAGUUGCGCCCGGCACCGCCUAUCGUUUGUGGAGCGAGCAGGAGCAUCUCCGCCUCGCGCCGCAGACGGAGCCCGAGAUUGCCCAGGCGGACCUUGCUCCGCUCCUGCUGCAGCUGGGUGCGUGGGGUGCCGGUGUGUCGGAUGAGGCGGCGGCAGCGCUGCCGUGGGUGACGCCGCCGCCCGCAGCGUCGCUGGAGCGCGCACGCACGCUGCUCUCUGGGUUGGGGGCGCUUGGAGGCGGUGCUGCCGCCCUCACGCCGCACGGCACCGCCUUGGCGCGGCUGCCUGCCCACCCGCGUCUUGCGCAUGUGCUGCUGCGCGCCGCAGCCGCGGCUUCGGGCGAUGCGGGCGGCGCGGCGUUGGAAGUUGCGAGUGCGGCGGUGGCGGUGGUGGAGGAGCGAGACGUGCUCGCGGGCGGCGGGCGGGCGCACGGGGCGGACUUGCGCUCGCGCGUCGCUUGCUUGCUCGAGGCGGAGCCGGGACCGCAGGCGGCAACCGGGGCGUGGCGGCGCGCAAAGCGGAACGCCCUCGAUUUGGCGGCGCAGGCGGGUCGCGUUGGCCGCACGGUUGAGGCAGCACGGCGAUCGACACCGACGCUCGAGGCACAGGUGGAGACCGUUGGCGCGCUCCUCUCCGGCGGCUACUUUGACCGCAUCGCGCAGCGGCAGCCGGGCAAGGAGAACACCUUCUCGCUCAGCAACGGCCGUGGAGCUUCCUUUGCCGCCGCUGCCGAGCCGCUUGCUUCAGCAGAGUAUCUCGUGUGCCUCUCGCUCGAUGGCGGCGACAAGCGGUCUGCGCGAAUACACUUGGCGGCGCCGCUCUCCCUCUCCGAACUGCGGGCGGCGCUAGCCGGCAGCGCCAUCCGAUGGAGCGACGACGUUUUUGUCGCGCCUUCCGACGGCUCUGUGCGGGCGCGGCGGGUCGAGCGAUUGGGAGCGCUCAUUCUCUCGCAGGAGCCGCUGCCCACGCCGCCGCCCGAGCAGGCGCGGCCGCUGCUGCUGAGCUUGCUACGGGAGCGUGGGCUGCGGCGCGCUCUCUUUGGCGGCGAGGGUGGCGUGACGCACCCGGCGCUCGAGCUUAUUGCGCGCGUGCGGCUGCUACGAGCCCUAGACCCAAAGGGCGGGUGGCCAGUGUGGGACGAGGCGGGGCUGAUGGCUGGCGCCGAGGACCAUGCCGGCUGGCUAGUCCCCGCUCUCGCCACCGCCACAAGCCUCAAGCAGUUGGCCGCCGCCGAUCUGCCGGUUUUGCUCGAGCAGUCUCUGCCGCAUGCACUGCAGACGAGGUUGAGAAUGGAGGCGCCAGCACGGCUCGAGGUGCCGUCGGGGGCUUUGGUGCAGCUAAACUAUGGCAGCGGUGGUGCGGCGACGCCGCCGGUGCUGGCGGCGAAGCUUCAGGAAUUCUUUGGCGCUGUCGACACGCCAACCGUGGGGCCGCGGGGCGCGGCGCUGCCAGUGCUACUCCACUUGCUGACGCCAGCUGGCCGCGCCGCCGCCAUCACGGCGGAUCUGCCCUCGUUUUGGGCGGGGCCGUAUGCGCAGGUGCGCGCAGAGCUGCGAGAUAAGUACAAGCGCCAUCCGUGGCCCGACGACCCAGCGAACGCUGAGCCGACGCGGCUGAGUAAUCGCGCGCUAGCCAAGCAGGCGGCGUCCGGCGGCGGCCGGGCAUCGACGGGGGAGAGCGGCGCGGGCAGCGGCGAAGGCGGUGCGAAGAGGAGGAAGCAGGGCGGUGGGAAAGCGAAAACUGCCCCGAAGCCACAGAAGGCGGGCAAGCUGCCGGGUGGGAAGCGUGGGCCCUUCAAGAGGCGUUGA